AUGUCGUCGAGUGAAAUAAAUAUGCUGAUCGAUAUGGGUUUCAGCGAGUCUAAAGCAAAGGCCGUGGCUUCAUUCUCGUCGUCCGAUGACGAUCUUAAUUUUUAUUUUAGGCUCUUGGCUCAUUCAGAUGAUGCUGAACCAUCAUCUGAACCACCUAUCGCUGAAAGUGCACCCGCAUCUAUUGUUCAAACACCAGACCAAGAAGACACUGCUGAUGCUGGUGGUCAAGUAUCUACUACUGAGAUUGCUAAAUCUAUGAAGUGUGAUAUUUGUGGAAAAUUAUUUAAAUCUAAUUUGGAAGUUGAAAUUCAUGCAACAAAGUCUGGACACGAUAGGUUUUCUGAGAGCACAGAGGAGAAAAAACCCCUUACAGAGGAGGAAAAGAGAGAACAAUUACGAAUAUUGACAGAAAAGCUGAGACAAAAGAAUAAAGAGCGGGAUGAACAAGAAAAGAAAGAUGCACAAGAAAGGGAGAAAAAUAGAAUAAAAUCAGGAAAAGAAAUGGCUCAAGCUAGAAGAAGAUUGGAGGAGUUGGAAAUGAAAAAGAUACUGGAGGAAAGGAAACGCGAGAAAGAAGAAGAGAAACAAGCCCGGCAAAGAGUUAGAGAACAAAUUGAAGCUGAUAAGGCUGCUAGACGUGCUAAAGCUAAUGUUGAUAAAGUGCCAACAGAACCUCCUCCUGUGCCUCUAUCACCAUGUACCACUCCUUCUAAGAAAGAAUAUAACGAAACGAAAUUACAUAUUAGGCUCACUAAUGGAGAGACUUUAACACAGAAUUUUGGUAGUAAGGAACAAUUGUCUGCUGUGAGAUUGUUUAUUGAACUUAAUAGGACAGAUGCACCAGAUUCAUUUAACUUAAUGACAAAUUUCCCAAAGAAAAUCUUUACUGAAGAUGACUAUGAAACUCCACUAAAUGUUUUAGGCCUAGUACCAUCUGCAGUUUUAAUUGUGCAGAGGAAAGUGGAAUGAACGUCGUAAAUAUCAACUAUUAUUUGCCAUGCAAUCAGUAAUAACAAUUUCUAAGCUAAUAUGUCAUUGUAAAAUAUUCUGCAAAUUGUUUAUGAAAAAGGCAGCAUUUUAAAACGUCUCUUAUUAUAAAACAUUUUCCAUUUGUAAUUAAUG